CUUCCAGUUAUUCCCGGGCUGUUGCACGGAGACUGGGCACCAUGUCUGUGCUGCUGGCCUCCCUGCUGAUUUGGGGCUUUGCCCUGAGUCCGGCCACCAUGGCAGCCAUCUUUAUUGAAACCCGACCUACGCUGUGGAUGGAGGCUGAAUCCCUGCUGGAGCCCUGGGCCAAUGUGACCCUGACGUGCCGGGCCUACACCGCCAGCCUGGGCUUCCAGCUCUUCAAGGAUGGGGUGGCCCAGGAACCUGUGAACGUGUUGGCCUUGGAGUACCGCUUUGUCCUAGGAGCAGUGACCAGUGAAACCCGGGGACUCUACAGGUGCCGGACGGGCAUGGGCGACAGGUGGACGGGGCUGAGCCAGCUGGUGGAGGUGUCUGGGGCAGAGUCCCUGCCCCAACCCUCACUCUCGGCUAAGCCAGUGUCCUGGAUCACACCGCAUCUGAACACCACAGUGGUGUGCAGUGGGGGACUACAGGGUGUGACCUUCCUCCUGAGGCGGGAGGGGGAUGAUGAGUUCCUGGAGGUGGCCGAGGCCUCAAAGGACGUGAAGGCCACAUUUUUGGUCCACCGUGCUGGCAACUACAGCUGCAGCUACCGGACACAUGCUUCAGGCCACCUCUCGGAGUCCAGUGCCACCGUGAACAUUGAAGGGCUGGAGGUGCCACCCCCACCAACACUGAGCAUCCAGAAUGAGAACACAGCUGUCCUGCUUCCGGGCACCAAAAAGGACUUGCUUUGUGUGGCGCCCCUGAGCGGCGUGCAAUUCCAACUUUGGCGGGGAGACGUCCAAAUGCUGGUAAGCAUGUACAGCACUACCCCCGGUCGAGUGUACUUCAGUUCGGACACACUGGCCAGCGGCCUCUACACCUGCCGGUAUAGCCUGUACAACUCUGACAAGGCUUGGUCCAGUGACAGCGCGCCUGUGGAACUGCUGCUGAGUGACGGCUCGCUGCCCCCACCUGAGCUUCAGGCUGAGCCCUCGGCCACCCCCAAGCCCGGGGCGCUCACGAGGUUGCGGUGCAGGGGCCCGCGGGCUGGCCUCCGCUUUGCACUGGAGCAGAAGUCGGCGUGGGUGUCCAGGUGGCACGGCCUGCGGAGUCCAGUGGGCGCCGAGGCCCUCUGGGAGCUGCUGGACGUGUCAGCGCUGGACUCGGGCAACUACAGCUGCGUCUACACUGACCCCGCGACGCACCCCGCCGGCUCAGCGCGCAGCGCGGCCCUGGAGCUGCUGGUGGAGGGUCCCCCUCCAAGGCCGAGGCUCCAGCCCCUGUGGCAGGGGGAGGUGACGCCAGGCCGGGACGUGGUCCUACGCUGUGUGGGCCCCGUGUCCAAUUUGCAAUUUGAGCUGGUGCGUGAGGGUGAGGAGGCGGAGGCGGUGGACACCGCUGGAGGGGACCUUGUGCUGAACAACGUGGGGCCACAGCAUGCUGGCAACUACCGCUGCCGCUACCGCGUGGGGUGGCCCAGUCCCUUGGUGUCCGAGCUCAGCGACCCUGUGGAACUCCGGGUGGCAGGAAGUUGACCGUGCAGCGGACCUGCCACCAGCCACCGUGACCUCUGGAAACACUCUCUGGUCUGGCUUCUAUUCUUCCUGCUGCAGCUGGACUCGGGGAGCCCCCCACCCCUUUCCUCUCGGGAAUUAAUAAAGGAGGAAAUACUUGGUUUGAA